UUUUAGAGCGUUGUGCUUUUACGGUCGUCAAGCGCGUGUGCUCCCCUGUUGUUUCAAAACUUGGUAUAUUUUUGCUAUUUUUUUGUGCACACUACUUGGUAUAUUUUUGCUAUUUUUGUGCACACUUUGGUUCCUUCUUUUCUAUCUUAUAUUGCAAUCUGGCUGGCAGUGGCUAAAUCUCCCGAGUUGGUAACAUCCGCAAUCAAGUGAUGUACACCGUGACAACAUGGAACAUCAAUGGGCUUCGUUCUGCAAAAGAUCUCAAACAGAUGCUCGACAAGCUGGAUUCUGACAUAAUAUGCUUCCAGGAAACGAAAAUCACACGUGAGAUGCUUUCGGAGCCUCUGGCCAUCGUCCCCGGCUACACUUCCUACUUUGACUUCAGUCGGCGGCGCAGCGGGUACUCCGGGGUGGCGACCUACUGCCGCCAGUCGGCCACGCCGUCGGCAGCCGAGGCGGGUGUGGCGGGCUCGGGCGUCGACACCGACUCUGUGGGCUGCUACGGCGAGAUAGGCGCCGAGCUGGAGCCGGCGGAGCGGAAGGAGCUGGACGGCGAGGGACGCUGCGUGAUCACCCUGCACCGCACCGCCUGCCAGUGUCCCAGCUCCUCCGAAGACCGUCCCUGCCACGUGGCCGUGCUGAACGUGUACUGUCCGCGCGUGGACCCGGACCGACCGGAGCGGCUCGCCUACAAACUGCUCUUCUACCGGGCACUGAGACUGCGUGCUGCAGCGCUGCGGGCCGCCGGUCACCACGUGCUACUGGUGGGGGAUCUCAACUGCAGUCACCGACCCGCAGAUUCGUGUGACCCCGGAGACCUGAAGGAGUUCGCGGCCAGCCCGAGUCGCCGGUUCCUUGACGACUGGCUGUGUAAGCCGUCCGCUGCCGAAGCUGCCGCUCCCGACCAGCUAGUGGACUCGUUCCGGCUACUGCACCCGGCUGCUACAGAGGUCUACACGUGCUGGAACACCCAGCGCGCUGCCCGUCAGCUCAACUUCGGCACCCGUAUCGACUACGUGCUGUGCGACGCGCCGGCGGCCGCGGCCGGGCUCGUGUACCGCUGUGACGUGCUGGCUGAUGUACAGGGCAGCGAUCACUGUCCGGUGCGAGCGACCAUCGGGGCUCGGCUGGAGGCCGCCGGUCGGCCACCGCCCGCCUGCACGCGCUACUACCCGGAGUUUGCCGGCCGACAGCUCACCAUCAAACAGUGGUGCUCCGGUCAGGCCCCUGGUGGAAAGCGUCCCCCACAGCAGCCGGCGCAGAGACAGGCCGGAAAGCGCGCCCGAGGCGGACAGGCCACGCUGCUCGGGUUUGUGAAGAGGAGCAAAGUGCCUUCGUCGGACAGCGGAGGAGGUGGAGGGAAGGAUCAAGACACAAAAGCACAGUCAGACGAGCUCAGAGACCACAGGCCACAGUCUUCUGACAGGGUUUGUGCGGGCGAGAGUGAUCAGACGCCUGAGGGCGGCGCGGCGACGGCGAACGGCGGGGCCGUGGAGUCGUCGGACAGCUCCGGAGGCAGCAGCUGGCAGAGCACUCCGACAGAGCCUGACGGCGCAGAGCGGAAAGUCGCGGCGGCGGCUGCGGCGUUCUGGAGCGAGACGCUGCGCGCGCUCCGACCGCCGCCCUGCCGCGGACACCGCGAACCGUGCGUGCAGCGCGUGGUCAAAAAGGCCGGCCCUAACCUGGGCAAGCAGUUCUGGUGCUGCGCGCGCGGUGUGGGUAAGCCCGGCGACCCUGAGGCGCACUGCGGCCACUUUGAGUGGCUCCGUCGCGGCGGCCGCGGGCGCUCCAGCGACGUCACAACUGCUGUGGCUGGAUCGGUGGCGUCGUAAGGUAUGAGAAUCCGCGGCCCGUGGUGGGUGGGUGGAUGUCCUCGUGACUGACGGAGUGCGUCGGUUUUGUGAUUGGGUUUUAAUGAUUCGCUUAGUGUUUUCAAAGUCGGCCAUUCUCGUGUGUCACGUCAAGGUAGGUGAGUGAGGCAUAGUACUUGGCGGUACGGGUUCGAUCCUUGUGAAGCAUUUCCAGGGCCCUGCAUUGAAAAUGUUCACAUCCAUCAACAUAUUAUUAUUAUGCAUAUUUCAUAUCGUAGUUGGAACAAAUACAGUGCAUGACUUUGUAA